GCUGUAGUCUUUGCGUAGCUCCCAGAGACUGGAGAAAUAUUAUUAUUAAAUUGUUACAUUAGUGAAAGACUUUUUAUAGUUUUCUGGAGUCACUAGCUGGCAUAAAUUAAGUUAUUAGCCAGUAGCAGUGGCUGUAGCUUGUGAAUGGCAAAUUGCUGGGGAAAUCCAGGAAUUUAAGUUGAGCAAAGCUUGGGAAAAGUCGGAGCUCGGAGCUAAGUGUAUCAAGGCUGCGCUCCAUCUCGACUCCCGAGUGUCGAAAUUUUUCAAAGCUUAUCCCAGCUGUUAAUUACAAGCUACAAAAAUCCUCUUGCGGUAGCUACUGAGAAGAAAAAAAAAAGAAAAAACGUAAAUGCCAUUGACGUAAAAGGUGACGAGGGUCAAACGGAAACGGCAAAUGCAAUAUAAUGUCCAAUGGCUUGGUGUAAACACAAGGGACUGAAGUUUCACUGAUAUUCUUCGUCUGUAAUAUUUAUUCGGGACAUUUAUUUUACUCAAGCUCCAUAACAGCGUGGUUGCAAGAAUGGCCGCGAUUUUCGACAUUGAAUUGCACGAUGUUGAUAACAAAAUAAAUGAAGAAGAAUCUGACGAUGAGGUUAUUGAAAUAAAUGAGGACGAGUACAACGCUGAUCCGAAUGUUAAUGAAUUUAUAGAAGCCGAUGGCGUAGAGAAUGUACCUCUUUCAGAGCAGAGUGUCAACCGCGGACGGGAGCGAGCGGGGCCGCAAGAUUUCGAGUUAUGCAAGGUUAUAGGUAAGGGCGGGUACGGAAAAGUGUUCCAAGUACGAAAAAUAACCGGUAACGACGCUGGUACAAUUUUCGCGAUGAAGGUACUGAGAAAGGCUUCAAUAAUUCGCAACCAGAAGGACACUGCCCACACCAAGGCUGAGCGGAACAUCCUGGAGGCUGUAAAGCACCCUUUCAUAGUCGACUUGAUGUACGCCUUUCAAACCGGCGAGAAGUUGUAUUUAAUUCUCGAAUACAUGUGCGGCGGAGAGCUGUUUCGGCACUUGAACGACGAGGGGAUCUUCCUCGAGGAGACAGUUUGUUUUUAUCUGUGCGAAAUAAUUCUAGCGCUGCAGCACCUGCACCAGCAGGGAAUAAUCUACCGGGACCUCAAGCCGGAGAACAUUCUGCUGGAUGUCGAGGGACAUAUCAAGCUAACGGACUUCGGGCUCUGCAAGGAGCACAUUCAAGACGGCUCUGUGACUCACACCUUCUGCGGCACCAUCGAGUACAUGGCUCCGGAAAUUCUGACCCGGAACGGACACGGCAAAGCCGUCGACUGGUGGAGUCUCGGAACUUUGAUGUACGACAUGCUGACCGGUGCUCCGCCGUUCACUUCGGACAAUCGCAAAAAGACUAUUGAGAAAAUUCUCAAAGCUAAACUUACCUUACCUCAGUAUUUAACUCACGAUGCUCGGGACUUGAUAAGGAAGCUGCUGAAGAGACAAGUGCACCAAAGAUUGGGCUCCGGGUCUGGAGACGCCGAGCAAGUUAAGAACCACAUUUUCUUCAGACACAUCAACUGGAAUGACGUUAUUCAACGGAAACUCAAGGUUCCUUUCAAGCCGACUUUGACCAGCGAGGACGACGUGUCCCAGUUUGAUAAAAAAUUCACCAGCUCUCUGCCUGUUGAUUCUCCAGUUGAAUUUUUACUUAAUGACUCCGCUGAUGGGCUCUUUGAAGGAUUCACUUAUGUUGCUCCGAGUAUUCUUGAAGGGACUUACGCACAACCUCGCAUCGUCCGGGCUGAGAGUCCUCGCAAAACUUCUGUCAAAAAUUUCUCACCACGGCUAAAUCAAUUUCAUCUUCAUCACAGGCACAACGGAAUCGAAGAUACCGAAAUGAUCGAGAUAGGUUAAUGAUGAUUUAAUUUUAAAUUAAAUAAAUUUGUUUAUAAAUAAUUAAUUUAAUUUAUUAACUAAAAAUAAUAUACAGGAUAAAUUAAUUAUUUAUAAAUAAAAAAGGAACCUUUGUUGGUUGCAUUUUGUGGCUUGGCCGUCAUUUAGAGACUUCGAUCGGUGCGAUAAAUCAUUCUCAGGGAUUGAUUUUAUAUUUUGAUAUAUAAAAUCGUCAUAUGAACUUAUCGUGCGUAAUUUUUUUUAAUUACACCGUUAAAAAUUAUAAAUUAACAUCAAGGCUUUUAUUUUUUUGCACUGAAAUCGACGGUUGAGUUUAGCUAAUUUUUAUUUAUCGAUCACAACAUAACAUUAUCAUGGAUAUUAAAUGAAAUAUUAUAUAUAUAAAUAAAUGAAUAUAUUUUACUCGUAAUAACAACUUUAUACGUAAUCGAAGUAAUAAUAAUAAUUAUUAUUAUUAUUAUAAAUGUGUAACGAAUACACGUAACUAGCUGCCUAUUAAUUUAUCCACGUCUUAGUAUCUUUUGAUUAUUUUAAUAUACAUAAUAACUCAACAAAAUUUUAUUAAUAAUAAUUAUUAUUGGAAUAAUUAAAUAGAUAUUUAAGGUAUAUAUUCACUUUAGCUUCGAGUUAAAUAUUUUAUAUAAAGAUAAUUAAACUGCUGACUAAAUUUAACUGAUCGAAUUGAACGAUAGGAAUUUUAUUUUAAAUAAUUAUAAUUAUAAUAACGAUAAUUUGGCCAUUGAUAACUUAAAAAAAAAAAUAAAUAAAUAAACUUAUUAACUGCCCGAGUGUUCAAGGACUUUCGUCGACCACAAAUAUUUUUAGGUCACUCAGUCCUAUGUUAUCAUAUAUCUUAAAGUAUUUUUGUGACGCCGGUAAUUUAAAUGAAUCUUCCAAACAAUGUUAAUGAUAAUACUGACAAAAUAAUAAUUAAUAAUGAUAAUAAACAAUAAUAAUAAUAAUAAUAGACUUGAAUGAAGAAAUUAAUCCUUGAGCACUCACGUCAAUUUAAAUGGCCAAUUUUCUCACGCUCCAUGGUAAAAAAUUUUUUCCGAAGAUACCCGACUGACUCCGAUGUUUGCCGAAGAUACACGACCGACUACGAUGAUGACCGAGCGCGUAUUUUUACAGUACAGCGCUAAAUUAAAAUUUUUCUGAAAAUACACGACUGACUCUGAAGUUUUCCGAAGAUACACGACUGACUCCGAUGAUGACCGAGCGUGUAUUUUUACAGUACAGCGCAGUAAAUUAAAAAUUUUUAAUU